AUGUUCAAGGCUGCUCCAACGAACCCAUACGACGAGCUCGUCGUCAAGGCGACUCAUGAAGACCUGCUAUCGGAAGACUGGGAUACCAAUCUGACGAUUUGUGACAAGGUUCAGGCGGAAGGCGAAGUCGGAGCCAAGAAUGUUAUCACCUCUCUCCUGAAACGGCUAGUUCACCGUAAUCCCAAUGUGCAGAUCUUCUCACUCGAACUCGCCAACUCGCUCUACCAGAACUGCAACAAACUCCUCCACCUUGAACUCACCUCCCGAGCAUGGACCGGGGCGAUGGAACGCCUGAUUACCGAUCGGACGACAGUGCCGCAGGUCAAGAACAAGGCGGUGGGAUACGUCAAUACUUGGUGGCAAGGGCUCAAAGGCGGAGAAGCCGAGGGGGUCAUGGGAGAUCUGAUCGAGACGUUGAAGACCAAGAGUCAGUCCUCGCAGGACGAUACGAGCACGCAAAUUACGCUGAUGACCGCCUCUUCCCAGGCUACCAAACGCGCACGUGAGGAAGAAGCAGAGUUGCAGCGAGUCCUGGAGCUGUCCAAGCAAGAUCAAGGUGGAAGGAACUCUCGACCUGCUCAAACCGCCGGACCAAGCGUCUCUUCUGCUAUCCCGUAUCAUCACGCCCCAGCCGGUCCUGCUCAGAACGCCACCCCGCAGCCCAGCCCAUUCCCCGCUCGUGAACCUGCCCCGCCUCCUAUGCCCACCCGAGCCACGGCUUCUCGGGUUCGAGCGAUCUACCCUUUCGUCACCCACGAAAAGGGCGAGUUGAGUUUCGACAAAGGGGACGUCAUCAAGGUCAUCGAUAGGAUGUACGACGAGUGGUAUACGGGGGCUGUAGGCGGAAGGAUUGGGAUCUUUCCCGUCAGCUACGUGGAACCUUUGCCUGAUCCGACGACACAGGAACUACAGAGAGAGGCUCAGGAAGAGGCAAAGAUCUUCGCGGCACAGGGGAUGAUCGUCAACCUGCAACGAAUGCUUGACGGUCUCGAUCCCUCCCGAGGUGACAGGUUGGACGACCCGGAAUUGGAAAACAUGUACCAAAAGGUCGUCGAACUGCAACCCCAGAUCGUUUCGCUGAUGAAAAAGUAUGCGGAUCAACGAGCGGAGCUUGAGCAUAUCCAUAUGGGCUUUGUCAAGGCGUCUCGGCAGUAUGCCGUCAUGACCCAGCCACAACAGGCGGCAAACGGUUAUGCUCAACCGGGUCAAGACCGUAUGUCACGUCGUCAAGCAGGUUGA